AUGUCACAAAAGGAAAUCAACAUUACGGAUCUCGAUUUAGCAUCCCUUCAACAAGUCAAAUCACAAAUAGAAGAAGAAGUGAGCCAUUUAACGCAAUCUUACAGCAAAUUGAAGGGCGUUCAAAGCCGUUUCAAAGAUUGUUCUGAAAGCGUGGAAUCGUUGAAAGCAGAAAAGCCUGAUGGUAAAUUAAGCGAUGUGGAGAAAGUGAUUGUCGAUGUAGGCACAGGUUACUAUGUAGAAAAGUCUUUGGGAGACGCAACAAAAUUCUAUAACAACAAAGUAGACUACGUGAAAAAGAAUAUGGAAACACUAGAAAAGACAAUUACCGACAAACAAAGCACAUUAAGAGCUAUUAUAGGCGUUAUGCAAGAAAAGCUUCAAAAAGAACAGAAAUAA